CGGGGGGAAGCUUCCGGCCGUGUUAUCCGGCUCUGAGUAACGGCGGACGCUUUCUCAUCCAACAGGGUUUGGCGGAAGACCUGCCGGUCGAGUUAAAACAGCGGUGUCGCACAGGUGCCUGCUGCUUUGAUGUGAGGUUGAGGUGAGAUGAGGCGAGCCGGCGAUGGAUGGCAUGGGCAUCUAGAAGGCCCCAGUCUUGGCGUUCCCAGCAGACUUCCGAAAAUAAUGUUCCUGGGGCGACUGACGGCAACCAAAGGAGCUCCCUAGUUAACCUUGCGCUGGGCUAGAACCUGCAGCAUCCAUCCCCGGAGCCUCUGCCUCUGCUUCCGCGCCUCUCUUGUGCAGCGUCUCUGGUCCCUUUUGUGAUCGUGGUCCUGCAUCGUAUCUAUUCCGGUUAUUGUGUUUCCCCCGUGCCCUUUCCGCUGUUCCAGGUGCACCGCGGUCGCUCAGAAAGCCCUGCCGCCUGUACAACGCCACCAUGAGCGUGUUGCUGGAGACUUCGUUGGGAGACAUUGUCAUCGAUUUGUUGAUCGAUGAUUCGCCAAAAGCGUGUGAAAACUUCCUGAAGCUAUGCAAAGUCAAAUACUACAACUUCUCCCCGGUGCACAACGUGCAGAGAGAUUUUACGUUACAGACGGGUGAUCCACUCGGCCCCGAGUCUGCAGAGAGCGACGGUGGCUCGUCAAUAUGGGGCCUCUUGGACGGUCCCGAGAAGAGGACAUUUCCAGUCACCCUGCCGCCAAAACUGAAGCAUACCGAACGGGGAAUCGUGAGCAUGGCGACCGUGCCAUCCUCUCGCGAUCCGGACGAGCGUCUUGCAGGCAGUCAGUUCAUCAUCACACUGGGCGAUAAUCUGGACUUCCUGGAUGGAAAGGCGGCCAUUUUUGGCAAGGUCGUUGAAGGAUUCGAUGUCCUCGAAAAAAUUAACGAUAGCUUCGUUGAUAACCAAGGCCGUCCGCUCAAAGAUAUCCGGAUCCGCCAUACCGUCGUUCUCGAUGAUCCGUUCGAUGAUCCCCCGGGCCUAGUCGAGCCGCCAGAGAGCCCUCUCCCAUCCCAGGCGCAACUGGCGACGGUUCGGAUCGCGGAUGAUGAAGAGCUGGACGAGAACAUGGAUGAGGAGUCACUGGAGAGGCUUAGGCGAGAGCGAGAGGCAAGGGCACAGGCAUUGACACUCGAGAUGGUGGGAGAUCUCCCCUUCGCCGAGGUCAAGCCGCCAGAGAAUGUGCUGUUUGUUUGCAAGCUCAAUCCGGUCACGCAAGAUGAGGAUCUUAAUCUGAUUUUUAGCCGGUUUGGAACUAUCCUAUCUUGCGAGGUCAUUCGAGACAAGCGCACGGGCGAUAGUCUACAGUAUGCGUUCAUCGAAUUCGAAAAUCAGAAAGACUGCGAACAGGCCUAUUUCAAGAUGCAAGGCGUCUUGAUCGAUGACCACCGCAUCCACGUGGAUUUUUCACAGAGUGUGUCCAAGCUGUCCGACAGCUGGCGGAACGCCACUAUCUCCAAACGCGCUGCUCAACGAGGUGGCUUCGGGGGUGUCGCCAGCCUCGAAAAGAAACGCCAGUAUCGGGCCUCGGACAACGCGCGCCGCGCCAAAGACGACGACUACGGGAUGGUUUUUGACAAGAAGGACCCUGACCGGCAGUCGACUGCUCCUGGUCCUCGUCCACGGGAGCGAUCUCGGCCGCGAGAUUCGCGUCGCGACCGAGGUCGCGCGAUCGAGGCUCGGGCUAUCGCGAUCCCCACCGCAGUCGAGACCGAGAUCGGCCCUAUGAUUCUGAUCGUCGAUAUGGGCGUGGAUCUCGGGAGACGAGACGAGAUGAUCGAUAUCGAGAUAGGCGAUGAAUGAAUAAAUGCAGAAGCUUGGCCGCAUCUAUAAAUAAUCACCUUGGAACCCCUGCACCCUGCCUUAUAGAGUAGUCAUGACGAAGUUCAACUGUCCAUCGUGGGGAAUACUCUUAUACGGAGUACCUGUCUAUUACCUAGUACUACCUGGGUACUCCGUACCUACCAGUACAGAACAAAGUGAUUUUGAACCCUUCAGGCGGUGAGCGCAUUGUCAUCUGCAGUCUGACAGCGUGCCCCGCUCUGAAGGCGCAGAUUGGCCAGCAUCAGCCCAAAGGGUACAACCAAGGGCGGAGCUGAAGGAAC